CUUGAUUUCCAUUUUCCAGCACCUAUGUCGCAUAAGCUCGUUCAAUCUACCGAUGUAGAUGGAACGGUCGACAUCUGAUUUUUAACUCACUGAUGAAUAUUACAAGAAAUUUCCUAAAAGCUUAGGAAAUAACUUGAGUGAUUAGUUUUUGUGUAUUUCGCGAUUUGAUGUGCUCGAUGUAAUGAAAAUGUUUGGUUCUACUAUUUUAUUUCUUUUCAUCAUAAAAGGUUCCUCUGCAUAUGGGUACUAUCAAGUGAUAGGUUCUAAAAAUAUUAGACCUCUGAGUGAUUAUCACGCAUCUGUUAGUAUAUCAGAAUCCUCUGGACCUGCUCUCAUCAAAGUUAUUAUCGAAGGAAUUUCUUUCAACGGUUCUGUGGUGAAUAUCGAAAGUGAAAAGCUAAUUUCAUCAUAUAGCUCGAAAAUAUUUUCAUUAAAAGUUCCGCUUAUAUCUCCAGGAGCAUACAGACUUCAUGUUCAGGGCCGAAGAGGAAUUGAUUUCAUUUCUUAUUACCCUUUGAAUUUCUUGGAAAAAAGUUAUUCGGUAUUGGUGGAAACAGAUAGAGCUGUGUAUAAUCCAGGAUCGAAAGUUUGUUUCAGAGUGUUGGUAUUAGAUUCAGAACUCAAACCAGUACAUAAAAACAAAACAGGACCAAUCGUCAUACAGGCAGUGGAUGCUGAUGGUAACAAAUUAAGGUUGUGGAAGAAUGUCGAAAUUAAAAAUGGAAUGUUCUCUGACGAAUUCAACCUAUCUCAUUAUCCAGUGUUAGGGAGCUGGAAUAUAACAGUCAAAAUUCAUGACCAAGAAUACUUCAAGACCAUAAGAGUGGCAAAAUAUGAAAUACCCGGUUUCAGAAUAGAUGUCGAUACGAAAAGACAUAUAACUUUUCAAGAUGGUAAAGUUAGAGCAAAAAUUAAGACUUAUUAUCAUCAUGGUAAUGCACUUCAGGGGGAAGCCACAAUUAGCGCAUUUCCAACAAUAUAUUCCCGAGUGAUUCAGCCAAUAUUUCAAAAUCCUAUCAGAAAAGUGUUUUCUAUUGACGGUUCAGUAACUGCAGAUUUUGAAAUAGAAAAAGAUCUCAAAUUGAAUGAUGAGUAUGAAAGGAAUAUUGUCCUUGAUGUUUCAGUGGAGGAAAAAUCAAAUGGACGAAGGGAGAAUAUAAGUGUUAUGGUUUAUAUCCAUAAGUAUCCAUACAAAAUUGAUUUGAUUAAAACUUCAGAUUAUUUCAAACCAGGCCUGACAUACAUUGCUUAUGUGAAAGUUUCCAGGCAUGAUUCUGGACCACUCGAUGUCGACCAACAGAUAAUUAUUAGACAUGGAUUUUCUACAAAGGAUGAAGUUCCCAUUGAGAAUAAGUAUAAACUAAACCGACUUGGAAUUGUCAAAGUGAAAUUUCCAGCUCCUGCGAAUAUUUCCAAUAGCACUGCACUCAGAAUUGAAGCACAAUAUGGAGAUCUGAAAGAGAGGAUAUCACCAGUACUUUCUGCUAUAUCCUAUAGUAAAAAUUUUCUCGAUGCUAUUCUCGAGACUGAUAAACCUCUGGUCAAUCUUGAUGUGGAAGUGUCUAUAACAUGUAGUGAGCCUAUGGAUCAUAUUAAUUAUGUUGUUAUCGGGAGAGGUGAUGUGAUCACUUCGAAAACUUUACGAGUUGAUAAUAAGAAGAAUAUCAUGGUUGUAUUUAAAGCAGUGCACGCUAUGGUGCCCCUUGCUCAUUUUAUAGUCUCUUAUGUAAGGAAAAACGGAGAGAUGAUUGGAGAUACAUUGGAUAUCCCAAUAGGUGGAUUAUCCCAAAACUUCCUGGACAUAAAAUCGAGUACAACAGAGGCCGAACCUGGCUCAGACCUGGAAAUUCAAAUGAAGGCUGAACCUUUUUCUCUUGUGGGAUUAUUAGCCAUUGAUCACGAAAGCAUUAUGCUUGGUAGUGAUAACAUUUUAUCCGAAUAUAUUAUAGCAGAUGAACUUCUUGGAUACGAUAGUGCGAUGAUAUCAGAUUAUUCUAGACCUUCCAAUGAUAAAAGAUUUCGUUUUCCUUGGAAACCAGGUGGUAGCAAUAUUCAUAGUGGUAUAGAGGAUUCUGGAGGAGAUUUGAUUACAAAUGCACAUAUUUCGAGGAAAAAACUAACAGUGAAUGAUAUCUACUUGAGGCCUACAUUGCACGAUACUAGUACUGUGAAACCGGAUAGGGGAUUCGGUUUACCAAUUCACCCUGUUACUAGACCUCCAUUAGCAGGACCAUAUGCAUUUAGCAGAAUACCCACCCCUGUAUGGAAUAUACCGAAAGUAUAUUUACAAAGUGAAGUUUUAGAAACUUGGAUAUUUUCAAAUUUUUCUUUGAGACAUGAUGGGACAUUGACUAUAAGAAGAAGAUUACCGAAUAAAAUCGGAACUUGGAGAAUGCUCGGAUUCUCUCUCGAUGCAGUGAAUGGUCUUGGCUUUAUGACACCAAAAAAUUAUCAAGCUAGAAAGUCUUUCCAUAUCAAAUUGGAUUUACCUUAUUCGCUUCAAAGAGGAGAAGCAAUCAAUUUACCUGUUCACAUUUACAAUAAUAAUGAAAGAGAUAUGGAUAUAGAAGUAACGUUCCAUAAUGUGGAUCAGAACUUUGAGUUCAUUACCGUUUCCAAUGACGUUACUGCUUCCAAAACAACUGAACCAUUCCAAAGAAGACGAGUCUCGAUUAAAAAAUAUCAGAAUGGAUCAGCUUGGUUUUUGAUUUCACCUCUCAAAGUAGGAUCUUUGGAAAUAAAAAUUACUGCGAGUAAUCCAAUCAAUCAAGACGCCGUUCUCAUGUCCUUACUAGUGGAGCCUGGAGGCGAAACUGAAUAUUACAGUAAAUCGGAGCUUGUAGACUUGAGAAGAGAACGAUAUAUGAAAAAGCAGAUUAAUUUUACUCUGCCAAAAAAUAUAAUUCCAGAUUCUGAAAAAAUUGAAGUAGCAGUAGUAGGAAACAUUUUAGGGCCUAUUCUGAGAAAUCUAGAUAAUGUCAUCAGAAAACCUACUGGUUGUGGCGAGCAGAAUUUGUUGCAUAUCAUGACGAAUUUGAUUGUACUAAAAUAUUUCGAAAGUGCUAAACUAGAUAUGCCCAAUAUAUACUCAAGAGCUGUAAAUAAUUUGGAAGAUGGUUAUCAGACCCAAAUGUCUUUUAAGAGGAAGAAUGGAGGGUUUAGUGAAUUUGGAGAAAGGGAUGAUGAAGGAAGUGUGUGGAUAACUGCUUAUACGUUGCUUGCAAUCAGACAAGCAUCUGAAUUCAUAUAUAUUGACGAAAAUAUUUUACAAGAAGGCUACGAGUGGUUAAUGGAGAAACAAAAUUCUAACGGAAGUUUCUAUGAAACUGGUAACAUAAUACAUUCUGAUAUGCAAAAUAGAAAAGGAAAUAGUCUGCCGCUGACAUCUUUCGUCCUUAUAUCGUUUCUUGAGAAUCAGAGAUUCACUUCUAAAUACAAGAACUUAAUAAAUAAAGGCUUAGAUUACAUAGCACGAAAUAUAGAAGAAAAUGAAGAAACUUAUUCCCUGGCCUUAUGUAGUUAUGCUUUACAAUUAUCCAAACAUCCUUCGAAACAGAGUGCAUUUAAUCUAUUGGACAAUAGAGCUAACUAUACCGAUUCGAUGAAAUGGUGGUCUAAGCCAAUUAGUGAUAAGGACAACCCAUGGAAGAGUUUUCCAAGAUCACUCGAUAUAGAAAUGACAUCAUAUGCUUUGCUAUCUUUUCUUGAAAAAAAUCUUUUAGAAGACGCUUUUCCUAUACUGAAUUGGCUGUUGAAGCAACAGAAUGACCUUGCAGGAUUUACAUCAACACAGGAUACUAUGGUUGGACUCCAGGCUUUGCUUCAAAUAUUGAUGAAAUUAUCAGUGUCUACUAAUUUGCAAAUUGAAUUCAAAUAUUCACAGAACGAUAGUGGCAAAUUCCAAAUAAGCGAGAAUGAAGCAACAAUUGAACAGCGAUUCGAAAUUAGCAAAACUUCAAGGGAAGUCAAUUUCACAGCGCAUGGAGAAGGACUAGCCAUAUUUAAAGUUUAUUAUCAAUAUAAUAAAGUCGUUUCUGGCCCUUGGCCUAUGUUUAUUUUGGAUCCACAAGUUGAUAAGAGUUCAAAUCUUAAUCAUUUACAGCUUUCAAUCUGUGCUAGAUUCAUCAAAGGGACAGAAAACACGAAUGAUGCGACAAGCAAUAUGGCUGUAAUGGAGGUAAAUUUACCGUCUGGUUAUAUUGUCGAUGUUCAUUCUCUACCCAGCCUGGAAUUCAGUCAGAAUGUACAAAGAGUCGAAUCAAAAAAUAAGUUUACCAAAGUUAUUCUAUACUUCAACAACGUAUCUAGCAUUUUCGAGUACUGUCCAACAAUUUCUGCAUUCAGAAUUCACAAAGUAGCCAAUCAUAGGCCUGUACCAGUGGUGCUGUAUGACUAUUAUGAUACUUCGAGACGAGCAAGAAUAUUUUACAGACCUCCUGACACUUCUGUUUGCGAUAUUUGCACAGACAUUGACUGUGAAUCUGCAUGCGUUAUUUCGCCAAAACCUCAAAUACGUGAAGGAUGGAGUAGUCAAAAAGAUGGGUCAAUUCUUUGGAGAUCCACUCUUAUUUCAGUGUGUCUUCCUCUUCUUAUUGUAUUUCAAAACUAGCAGUUAGUUAUUCAAUUGGUUGAACAAAUCUGUAAAUUCUUAAAAUGAAAUAGGUGGAUUAUAUUUCACAGUACAAGAACUA